GGACGCCUCCUCGGCGGUGUAAGUAGAAGCAAAAUCCCCGAGCUCAGUGAGUAGGGAAAGCAGCCCGAGCCACGGCAUUCCCUCUAGUCCCCGCCUCCGAGUCUUCGCAGAUGCUGGUUCAGCUUAACAAGAGGGGCUAGGAUCCCUGAAGCCCCAGUCCCAUGACUCAGGGGUUCCUGGUCGGUUCUCCCUGCCAGGAUUCCGGUUUCUAUCAGCGAACGGCCCCCUGCCCUGCUCCAGGUCCCUCCUCCUGCGUCCGAGUUCCCCUGCAGGCCUCGGCCUCAGCCCGCCUAGUCACUCUCGCUUCGUCUCCCUGACUGUCUGCAGGCCUGGAUAGCAUGGCCGUAUUCCGCUCAGGCCUCCUGGUGCUGACAACGCCGCUGGCCACCCUGGCCGCACGCCUGCCUCCCAUCCUGACCUCGGCGUCACACCUGGUGAAUCACACCCUCUAUGUGCACCUGCAGCCGGGCAUGAACCUGGGGGGACCCGCUCAGCCCCAGCCCAGCCCUGUGCAGGCCACAUUUGAGGUUCUGGAUUUCAUCACGCACCUCUACACUGGUGCCGACCUGCACAGGCACCUGGACGUCAGAAUUCUACUGACCAAUAUCCAAACCAAGAGUACCUUAAUCCCUGUGCUUUCCUCAGUCCAGAAUCUGGCCCACCCUCCAGAAGUAGUUCUGACGGACUUCCAGACCCUGGAUGGGAGCCAGUACAACCCUGUUAAACAACAGCUAGAGCGUUAUGCCACCAGCUGCUACAGCUGUUCUCCACAGUUGUCUUCCGUAUUGCUGUAUCCGGAUUAUGGGACUGGAGAGAUGCCUUUGGAACUCCCGAAUGCCCUCUUACCCUCCACCAUAAGGCCAGCUUCCCCGGUGGCCAGAUCUCCGAGGCAGCCUGUGCGUGGCUACCGCCGUGGGGCCGUGGGUGGCACUUUUGACCGCUUGCACAAUGCCCACAAAGUGUUGCUCAGUGUUGCAUGUGUACUGGCCCAGGAGCAGCUUGUGGUGGGAGUAGCGGACAAAGAUCUGUUGAAGAGUGAGUGAAGGGACCCUGGAUUAGGGCAAUGGAAGACACCUAUCACAUUUUUUGUCUUCCCUGGUGCCAAGAUCAAGGAAGGGUAGGGCUGCUUCACACCCUUCCAAAAUGCCACAAUGCCUAACACUCUGUUUUUGCUAAGAGACUUUUGUUAAAUGAAUACAUGUGGUAUCCAAUGGGAACCAAGAAAUCUGCACUUUGUGGUUGUCCAAGUGAUCGACUCAGAGGUUAGAAAUGCUGAGAAUAAAUGGAUAGGAGAUGAUUGUGGGUGACCCAGUACUGCUGUGAACAGUGAAGGGAUUCUUUCUUUGUUUUGUUUUGUUUUGUUUUCCGGAGCUGGGGACCGAACCCAGGGCCUUGUGCUUGCUAGGCAAGUUGCUCCCUGAGCUGCUCCAGCCUUAUUCAGAGCGUGUGGGGCAUCUGAAUGAGUUCCUGGUGGACAUCAAGCCCUCCCUGACUUUUGAACUCAUCCCCCUGCUGGAUCCCUAUGGGCCUGCUGGGUCUGACCCCACUUUGGAGUUCCUGGUGGUCAGCGAGGAGACCUACCGUGGGGGGAUGGCCGUCAACCGCUUCCGCCUUGAGAAUGGCAAAGAGGAGCUCGCCUUAUACCAGAUACAGCUGCUGAAGGACCAGAGUCACAAGGAAAACGAGGAGGAAAAGGUCAGCUCCUCCAGCUUUCGCCAGCGAAUUCUGGGAAACCUGCUUCAGCCUCCGAAUGAGAGGCCCGAGCUCCCGUCAGGUAUCUAUGUGCUGGGGCUGACAGGCAUCAGCGGCUCUGGGAAAAGCUCAGUGGCUCAGCGGCUGAAGAACUUGGGGGCAUACAUCAUUGACAGUGACCAUCUGGGCCACCGGGCCUAUGCUCCCGGGGGCCCUGCCUACCAGCCUGUGGUGGAGGCCUUUGGAACAGAUAUUCUCCAUCAAGAUGGGACCAUCAAUAGGAAGGUCCUAGGCAGCCGGGUGUUUGGGAAUAAGAAGCAGCUGAAGAUGCUCACAGAUAUUGUGUGGCCAGUUAUCGCAAAGCUGGCCCGAGAGGAGAUGGAUGUGGCUGUGGCUAAGGGAAAGACUCUGUGUGUGAUUGAUGCUGCUAUGCUGCUUGAAGCUGGCUGGCAGAAUAUGGUACACGAGGUGUGGACCGUCGUCAUCCCUGAGUCUGAGGCUGUACGUCGCAUUGUUGAGAGGGAUGGACUGAGUGAGGCAGCCGCUCAAAGCCGGCUGCAGAACCAGAUGAGUGGGCAGCAGCUGGUAGAGCAGAGCCACGUGGUUCUGUGCACCUUGUGGGAAUCACAUGUCACACAGCGCCAGGUGGAAAAGGCUUGGGAUCUUCUACAGAAACGCCUCCCCAAGGCUCACCAGACCAGGAACUGACAGUGGAUUUUCUGUGGCGCCACACUGGCCCUUGGAACUAACAAAUCUAAUGGUGAGGAGGAAUGGGGGCCUCGAUGUUUACCCUAUGUCAGGCCUCAGGGGCUUCAAGCUGAGCUGUGCAGGACACAGAGAGAAGCUUGGAAGUCGGCCUAGCAUGCUGGAAUUUGGCCAGCAAUGAGGACACAGCAAUGGGGAGCGGCCCCCUCUUGGGUUCUGUCUGCUUUUUGGUGGUGGAGAUUUGAUGUCUAACUAGUGUUAUGGGUUGUAGUGAAGACUGGACCCAGUAACUAAAUUAAAGAUGUUUCCAAGUGC